AUGACAUCCGAUCAUCCUUCUCGCGAUGACUGGGAACGCCGCAAGUCGAGAUACGUGGGCGCAAGCCAUGCCUUCAAUGCUUCGGAACAACAGUACAAGGUCAAGUUCCAAGAAUGGGGCUUCCGUAAGAUCUUGAAACCCGGGGAGUGGCAGUCUAUCGGCCACACGAUACGUAAGAGACAGUAUGAAGAAAUCAAAGAAAGCGAGGUCUACCUAAACGGCGUCUUGAUACCAAGGGCAAAGCGACAGGAAGCGUUCCACCGGUAUUUUGACUUACCGAAGCUUCUGCCACAAGGGUACACAGGUAGCGUACAUGCGCCAUCAUCCUCGGCUCACCCUUUAUCUUUUUAG